UCCCGCCGCUGCCAUACUCCGCUGCCCGGUGCCGGGCUGCAGCCGCGGCGGGCGGCUUGGCGGGCCCGCUGCCUGUGCCCAUGGCGUGUCUGCCCGCCGGGGACAGCCCGGGCUCCGCUGCCCGCCGGCUCUACUCGAGAAUGGAGGCAUCCUGCCUGGAACUGGCCCUGGAAGGAGAGCGCCUGUGCAAGGCUGGGGACUUCAAAGCUGGGGCAGCCUUCUUCGAAGCAGCUGUGCAGGUGGGGACAGAGGACCUGAAGACUCUCAGUGCCAUCUACAGUCAGUUGGGCAAUGCCUAUUUCUACCUAAAGGAGUACUCCAAGGCCCUGGAGUACCAUAAACAUGACCUUACUCUGGCCAGAACCAUUGGGGACCGCAUUGGAGAAGCCAAGGCAAGUGGCAACCUUGGGAAUACACUGAAAAUCCUUGGGCAGUUUGAUGAAGCUGUUGUUUGUUGCCAGAGGCACUUGGACAUUUCUCAGGAGCAGGGAGACAAGAUUGGUGAAGCCAGAGCCCUUUACAAUAUAGGAAAUGUUUACCAUGCAAAGGGAAAGCACUUGUCUUGGAACAUGGCCCAAGACCCAGGCUACCUGCCUCAAGAGGUCAAGGAGACGCUACAGAAAGCUUCAGAGUAUUAUGAGAGGAAUCUGUCCCUGGUGAAGGAGCUGGGGGACCGAGCUGCACAGGGCCGUGCUUAUGGCAACCUCGGCAACACUCAGUACUUACUUGGCAACUUCAGUGAAGCUAUAGCCUUCCACAAGGAGCGCCUUGCUAUUGCUAAGGAGUUUGGGGACAAGGCGGCCGAGCGGCGAGCGUACAGCAACCUGGGCAAUGCACACAUCUUCCUCGGGAGGUUUGACAUCUCUGCUGAGUACUACAAGAAAACACUCCAGCUCUCCAGACAACUCAAAGACCAAGCAGUAGAAGCCCAGGCUUGCUACAGUCUUGGAAACACAUACACACUGCUUCAAGACUAUGAAAGGGCCAUUGAGUACCACCUGAAACACCUGGUGAUAGCACAGGAGCUGGGAGACAGGGUGGGAGAAGGAAGAGCCUGCUGGAGUCUCGGAAAUGCCUAUGACUCUCUGGGGAGCCAUGAGCAAGCUUUGCACUUUGCAAGGAAACAUCUUGAAAUCUCCCAAGAGAUCGGGGACCGGAACGGUGAGCUGACAGCGCAGGUCAACAUGGCCCAGCUCAGGUCAGCCCUUGGCUUGGGCCCUGGCGAUGAGGACAUGGGCACAGCUCAUCACUACUCUGGCUAUGAAGCACAAGGAGCCAGGCCAAAGAGACUCCAAAGGAACAGCAUGGACAGCUUAGACCUCAUGAAGUUCCCUUCUGAAAAGAAAAUCAACAGGACCCCUUCGGAUGAGGAAUGCUUCUUUGACCUGCUGAGCAAGUUCCAGAGCAACCGGAUGGACGACCAGCGCUGCCCGCUGGAGGAGUGCCCAGCCGAGGCUGCCGAGGCAGCUGCCACGCCGCUGCCGGCCCUGGAGGAGCGGAUACCUCAGUCCUCCCUGAUGGCGUCUCCGCAGACCGAGGAGUUCUUCGACCUGAUCGCCAGCUCGCAGAGCCGGCGGCUGGACGACCAGCGCGCCAGCGUGGGCAGCCUGCCCGGCCUGCGCAUCACGCACAACAACCUGGGGCACCUGCGCGUGGAGGGCGACGCCCAGGAGCCCGGCGACGACUUCUUCAACAUGCUCAUGAAGUGCCAGUCCUCCAGGAUAGAUGACCAGCGCUGCGCGCCGCCGGACUCCAUCCCCCGCGGCCCGACCAUGCCGGACGAAGACUUCUUCAGCCUCAUCCAGCGCGUCCAGGCCAAGCGCAUGGACGAGCAGAGGGUAGACUUGGCCUCAGCCCAGGAGGAAGCAGCAGAGGAGCAGCAGGGGCCUGGUUCCAGCUAAGAACUGGGGCUUGGCUCGGGGGGGUGGUUUUGGUUUCCUUUUGUUGUUGUUUUUUCAAGAGUAAGCCCAAGGGCAGGGUGGCUUCGAGCCCCAGCUCCUGCGCUGCCACCGACUCGGCCCAGGAGCUGCAGCUCCCUGGUGCUGCAGCUGGCUGCUGGAGGCAGUGGCAGAAGGAGGCUCAAGGCUGGGGACAGUUUCUAAAGGAGAGGUUUUUCAGGACCUGUGGCCAUGGUGCCGCUGGGCACAGCAGGAGGGCAGAGCUGGGCAGCCCUUUGCUUAGCCAGGGCCUCCUGCUGGCGGCCAGAGGAGGAGCCCAGCGUGGACACUUAACCCCAGCCCUGCUGUCUUGUAUCUCUACAACACUUCUAUUGGACUGGGGAAAGAGAAGAGCACCUUUUCCAGGGUGAAGUCCUUCUGUCUUUCCUGUAUCCUGAGGUGACCCACAGUGCUCUGGCUCCUUGCCUCCAAUGUCCUGCUCAGCUUUGCUCUUUCUCCAGGAGGACAUGAGCCCCACUCUGAGGCUACACCUGUGCUUUUAAACCUCCCCCAGCUCUGGUCAUGGUCCCACAGACCUUAAAGCUUACUUUAGGUUUGCUGGGGGCUGCAGGGAGCCCUGUGACACCCCCUGUGCUUCCCCAGCCCCAGAGCUGUACCAGGCCCUCCUGUGCAGCACAGCCCUGAGCUUCAGGGGGCUUUGUCACUGCAGGAGAACAGCACAGCACAGCUUCAGCCUCCAAUGAGGCCUGAAAGGCCGCUGCUAGCUGCACAGCCUGAGCUGCAGGCCCAAGAGAGGGGGCCCUGAGCCUGGCAGAGGAGGGAGGAGGUCUCUGCCCAUCUGCUCAGCAGAUGUGGGCAAAGCUACAAUUCUGGUGCCCCUGAGCCAGCAGCCUCGUGCAGGUGAGUGUGCCCAAGGCAGAAGCCUGCACUUGGCAAUGACCCACAAAGUUUUUUGGGCACAAGCAGAAACAUCCCCUCCUGUGUCUACAGCAGCCAGGGGUACCAGCCCUUCCCUUCCCAAACCUGGGCUGAGCUCCUCCUGCUCCCCUGCUGCUCUUGGCCAGGUGCUUGGGUUCUUCCUGAUGUGUCUCAAAUAAAUGGAGCCCCAGAAGGGGCUCACCUGCAGCCUGGGUGCUGGCUGGGAACUCAGCUCCACCCUACAGUCACUUCCAUUCCUUCCCCCUUUGGGACAGUUGGAGGAACAAGCCCAGGGAGGAGAAGAGCAGCAAUCUGCCUUUGGGAGGUGGAGUAAUUCUUCUUUGCUUGACCAGAUCUUGGCUUUCAGAAACUGCAGCCUGAGUUCUGCCAAAGCAGACUGUGUUCCUCUAGAGAACAAAUCAGCACUUUCUAUUUGAAAUGCAUUUGAUGGAAACAUUUCCAACCAGCAGGAAGAUUUUUAGACCAGUGAUGCUGCUCAUCAGGCCUUUACCCUGCCUGCACUGCCCGUGGGGAGGGGUAGCCACGUUCUACCUGCUGCCAGGGAGCACUCACCUCUGACACUGCUGCAGGGACUGGCACUGCGUGGCCAAGGCUCAGCCUCUGCCCUGCACCUCCUCAGAGCUCUGGAGAAGCGACAGGACCUGCUCAGCCACCUCCAUGCUGACCCAGCUUGUGUUUGUGAAGAGGAGGAGAACACUGAAGAUGAAGAUGAGCAGCUGCAGGCUUGGGCCUGGGCAGCCCUCAGCCAGGUGGUGAAGUGGAAGAGUGAGCAGGGAGCAUGGGGGGUGUUCAUUCUUUGCCAUAUACUUGAAGGGCCCAGCUUAUUUAUUUUUCACAUGUGCAUUUGCUCAUGUUCCUCUCUGGGGGCAUUUCCCACCCACAGGUACUUUUGUUUUCUAAACAAUAAUCUGCCAAAUGAAUUAAUAUAUUAGAGAUGAACACAGAGC